UCUCAAUCGCAACUUCUUCAUUCAUUCUUCAAGUGAAUUAUGAAAUGUGAGCAAGAUUCACGCGAGUUGUCAACCCCCGAGUGGAUACGCCAAUUCGCUGCUUCCAAGAUUGCCAGACGUCGGGCCAUGGGGAAAUCACGCACGAUAGAAAGGCCGAGCAUUACUUGAAGUUAAAACACCUCGAGGAAGUCAGGAACGACAACAACAUCAAAUUACACUCAGAUAAGAAUGGGACCCAGGACCCUGACAAAUAUCUCAUUUGUUUUCCCCGUCACCUUUAUUUAUGGCAACGGAGCCCAUCUCCGCCAGGGUCCUCCUACUGUACCUACCUACCUUGAGCAGAUGCGCAAACCUUAUCAUUGCGGUCCGCAACCACUCUGGACGGAACGGGAGUGGACCCAUGGGCUCUCUCUGGGAUAAUCUCAGCACUCACUGUCAAACAAGAGAUUUCGAAGCUCAAGGUGGUUUUCAGUCAAGGGAAGUUGUUGACCUGAGAAAAGCAAAAGAAGAUAGAUGACUAGCAGAAACAAGUCAUAAAUCUGGGUCACCCAUCUCGCAUAGAUGUCAUCAUCACUCCAGUCCUGCCCGUAGGGAAGUGUGGAAGUCACCAAUAGCCCGUUUCGGAGCUAGUACUUGACCUAUCCUAGUGCUCCAGGAUGUCGUUGCUCUUUAAAGGUUGUCACUGCGGCUCAGUUUUAGCAAGACCUGUCCCCAUCAAAUGGAGUCGUUUCUUCUUGAACUUGGCCCAUCAUGACUCUUGGUCUUCGAUGCCCAGUAAUGCAUCAGAUAUGUCAAUCGCAGGGCUGUCUAUCCGUAUUCCAAUAUCCUCAGCGUGUCCCAGGUAUUUGUUCUCGAAUUGUUCCUUAUUCCUGUCUCAACCGCCUCGUAUUCAUGAACUAGGCUUGUCGACCCCACAAGGAGGAAACAGCCAUGGGCCGACUCGACACGGAGUGGUGUGUGAGGCCCACGGAUGCAACGAGUUGCAACGAAC